CUCAUAUGAAGUUAUGAACUAUGGAACCCCAUAGCUUUCUAAAUGGCUGGAAUGAAGUGCAAUAUCAUAGUCUAGCAUCUAUGUUUGCCUCCUACUUAUGAACUAUUUAAUUAGCUCUUAAGCACACAUACCUUACAAAUGUCCAAACAUUUUGAGGGCAUCAUGGAUUGAGAUUGAUUUUUUGUUUAAACAAGUGUAAGGAGUAAUCACAAGGAAGGGAAAAUGGAUGGGUUGGUGGAGUUGUUUGCUUUGACAAGUGAGAAAUGCAUGGAAUAAGGGGAACGAGCUAGUGCAGAUUAAAGGAAUGGUGCAGGACUUCGGUACGAAUCAUGGGGUUGAAAAAUGGGGUCUGCCCUUAUGGUUGUAAUUUGGCAUUUAUGGACGGGAAGAAACCGUUACAAUUUAGAGAAGCUAGCAUGAAUAUAGACAGUUGAGAUAAUAAAUUAAGUCGUGGUAGCGUUUUUGGCAAUGGCACUCAAUGGCAUCAUGGAAGAUGUGAAAGCCAGAGGCCUGGAGCUCAUGGUUAAAAUGAUACGGGUUUCGAAGAUAUAGAUCCCACAGGACAAAUCAACCUUGGUAAAUGCAUGCUCUUAGGUCCGCUUCAAUAGGGCCAUCAAUGUUGGGACUGGAUUAGGUGAUUCAUGGUCAGGACGGGUGGCGACAACAUGACUCACGAGUAGCCUUCUACUGGUAGACGCCCCUAAUUCAAUGCAUGCUCAAGCUAAUUGAGCGGCCCAUGAGCGAGUGACGAAGGAAGAAGUACCAUGAACAAGGCCAAGUUCAAAGUAUGAUCUUUAUGGCUUCUUGCGACCUGCACAAAAUGCUCAUACAUACCUUUAGAGGCUGAGAGUUUGAAAUAGCGGGGUUAUACGUUUUCAGGGAAGUUCCGGUUCUCACUUUGCCUGACUUCUUAGGAAGUCAAAGUGGGAAGGUGGAAUAGAGAACCGUUUCAGUUCCUUCUCUUUGACUUCGGCACUUGAGCUUCACUCACUUAUUUAGGGCCUUUCAACUUGGGAUACAACCUAUAUUGAUUUGGUUCUCACCUCCACCAUGAUUGUUGGUGCUAUAUUUUGAAUGGAAGCUUCCAAGGAAACCUAGAGGGUCAGCCCAACCAUGGUUUUGUGUAGUUAAGCUGGUUGUGCACGUCCUUUGCUCUCUUCAUCAUUAGAGUGCCGCACUAGAGACCUUGCCUGAAAUGGGCUCAUCUCUCCACUUGAGGACCACUUCUUAUUUUGAAGCAUGCAAGAUCUAUUUUUGUUAUGGGGGUCUUCGAUUGUGUUGCCUAUCACGAGAAAGGACUUUUUCUUUAUAGGUGAUGGAUAUGUAUGUGUUUCAUCAGCUUAGCAACUCAUCCCUUUGUUUGGAAGAAGUACAGGGAACACUAGACAAAUGCGAAUUCUGCUAGGAGAAUGGAGGAGGAUUCGGUAGCUCUAGACAUAAAAGAAACGAAUCUUCAACUUUCUGAGUCUUUGGAGAGAAAUGAACCUUGUAGAGAAAUACCAGCCGAGAAUGUAAACACUGAAGGUCCAGCUCCAUCUCCGACUUUGACUCCAAAAGACCUGCGUUUGGAGAGCAUAGCCUCUUCUGAAUUAAGCUCUUCUACAUUGAUUGCUAAUCCAUUAAGGAAUCCAGUUGCUAAAAAUGCUCGAAAAAGUUCUAAAUGGGAUCUGUCUGUGGAAGAUCUUCCUAAAAGUGAGAGAGAACAUGACAAUGCAGAAAAGUGGGGCUCUGGUUGGGAUUCUUGCAGUGAUUCUCUAAAGAAGUCUGCCAUCGAAGAGGACAGUAUUGCGAAGUCUGGAUCAUUUUCAGAUAGGCCAUCCAGGGAGAAUGGCAAAAGAAAAAGAGAUGAAAAUUUGUCAAGUGCAAAGGCAUGGAGCAGAGAUCACGGUUACAAUACGAGUAGUAUUUCUCCUGGUAUUGACACAUGGAUGGAGAGAAGCCUUAGCCGCUCUCCAAGGAGUGGAUGGAACAGAUCACGCAGGAGUAGAAGUAGAUCUCCUUCCCAUGGUGGUAAGCAUGAAAUAGAUGAUAGGAGCGAUAGUUGGAGAGGAACUAGGGGUUCAGUUCCAGUGUGCAAGGAUUACUUGGGAGGGCGCUGCAGGAGAGGAAGCCAGUGCAGAUUUCUCCAUGAUGAUCAUCGCUAUGAUGGUGGCAGGCCAGAGAGAGACAGAUCUGAGAGAGAAAGAUAUUCAGAGGAUAUGGACCAUGAAACCUUCAGCAAUCUCCAUGGGUCUAACCAUAGAUCACAUGAUACCAUUUUGCAAGGUUAUAAUAGUAAUUAUGAUAGUGACGGAAGGAGAAGAGAGGUGAAGAGAGAGAACCGGUCUUCCUAUCAAUGCUAUGAUUUCUCGGUAGGCAAGUGUUAUAGAGGUUCUGAAUGCAGAUACAUUCAUCAUGAUGCCUCUGAUGAUAGAUAUGAUGGAAGGCCUAGCAAAGAGGCUCCUAGAGAGAGAACCCAUGAUAGACGAGAUGCUUCUAUGUCACUUGAGAGCGAUAACAAUGAUAAAUAUGGAUAUCCUGGAGAGAGAUCCUACAAUCGGAGAGAUCCUCGUUUAUAUGCUGAGAGAGAAAACUAUGAUAAACACCGGUAUCCAGGAGAGAGAACCCAUGAUAGGCAAGAUCCUCGUAUCUCUUUUGAGAGAGAAGCCUAUGAUAAACAUGGGUUUCCAGGAGAGAGAACCCAUGACAAGCAAGAUGAUCCUCCUGUGUCUUUUGAAAGAGAAAGCAGAGAUAAACAUACGUAUUCAGGAGACAGAGACCAUGAAUUGGAUACUAAGAGAGAGCUGUCUCUCUCGGGAGAGAAUCAUGAUAAACAUGGAUAUUUGGGAGAGAGAAACUGUGGGUCGGGUACUGGGAGAGAGCUAUCUUUUGAGAGAGAGAGCCAUGAUAAACUUGGGUAUUCAGGAGAGGGAAACCAUGGUUCAGGUAAGGUUAGAGAUCUACCCCCUUGUAAGUUCUACUCCAAGGGCCUUUGCCACAGGGGCACAUCUUGCAAAUUCUCUCACCGGGGCUCUGUGCAUGAGAGUCAGAGUGAGAGUUCUAGGGAUGACAGAAGGGAUAGCUUCUCCAGUGGGUUGGAUUUACCUUCUUCAGGUCAUCUUAACCAAGAACAGUAUCACCGCCAAGUAGAAAGAGUAACUGGGAUAAACCACAAAGAAACCAGAACAAACCACGUAGAGGUCUCCAACCAGAUUCCCAAAGAAGAUAUCAAAUAUCCAAUCGGACAAACUGACAAUGCAAAUAACAUGCCUACGAUGAUUCCUGAUCCUCAGAGAAGCAUUGACCCGAACCAGCAGAUUCUCUCUCAAGCUCCUUCAAAUCACCACCUGCAAAAUCAAUUGGAUCCGGAGGAAACAGCUAAUAAAUCAGAAGAGAGAAAAGGGGCUAUGAGAGCUGAUGUAUUCUCCAUCCAGCCCAGUGCACGCUCAGUUUCACAAACUGGAAAUCAGGUAAACCAAAUGCCAAACCUUGCAGCUUCUUUGGCACAGAUCUUUGGAGCAUCUCAGCAGGUUCCACCUGUAUAUGCAGCUGCAAAUCCUCUCUCUCUAGGUGGUUUGGUGCCUCAAGGUUUCUCAGUAUAUCCUGAUUCUGUGAGGCCAAUAGAGCCUGUUGGACCCAAUCCAGUUCAGCCAAUUCAGGGUUUAUCGGCCCAAAACAAGCAGUAUGAUCCUUUAUCAGAUAGUGUCGAGCUUAUUCAGCCACAAAUUGGUCAAAAAGAGUUGGGGGUCAUACUGGAUUUUGUUAAACAUCAAGGGAUUUCUGCUGGAAGAUCUUUGGAUCCUGUGCCUAUUGAGACCAAUGAGAGUUUGUCUAUGCCUAAUAAUGAUAGUGAGAGAAAGACAAAUGAGCCACUGGAUCAUGUUGGAAAGCUCAACUCUGAGAAGCUUGGGUCAGCAAAAGGCAUGGAGCUCCAGGAGGAGAGAGAAAAUGUUGGGAAACUUGGGGAGGUGAGAGAAACUUCUAGGGAGGUUGAGGAGAUGAAAGAAAAUGUUGGGGAGCUCACGGACAGAAAAAAUGUUGGGGGAGAAGGGGUUAAGGACAGUGAAGACAGAGCUCGGGUUGAGGAAGAGAGUAAGAGAAGCAAGGAGGAGAAGGGGAUGAGAAUGUUCAAGUUUGCAUUGGUUGAUUUUGUGAAGGAGCUUUUGAAGCCUACAUGGAAGGAAGGCCACAUGAGCAAGGAGGCUCACAAGACCAUAGUUAAGAAAGUAGUUGAUAAGGUGACAGGCACACUACAGGGGCCUCAGAUUCCAAAUACCCAGGAGAAAAUCGAUCAAUAUCUCUCUUUCUCUCAAGAAAAGCUCACAAAACUUGUACAGGCAUAUGUGGAAAAAUACGUGAAGUCCUGAGAAUGCGUUGACUAUCUAUAUUGGGUGUUAUUUGAAACAGAAUGGUCUUGAAAUUUGUUAGAAAAGCAAUGUUGUCUGCGUCUACCAAUUAGGUUCUCUUGUUUGGUGUUUUACCCUAAUGGGUUGACAGUUGACACUCAUUAACUGGUUCAGUAAUUAUAAGUGGGGGUAACUUGUUCAGUCCAAGUAAUGAGGCUUGGUUCAAUGUUAAGGAGCCUGAUGAAAGUGACUUCUGCAGUGUUUGAAAA